AUGUACAGGUACAAUGGUGAACUGCUGUGGUCUGCUAACUGCCCAGAAGGAACCAGGAGCAUCGAGGUGGAGCUGCAGGUGAAGGACCAUGUAGCUACAGUGAUCUCCACUCUGAUCUAUGACAACAAGGAGGACAAACCUCUGGAGGCGGUUUUUGUCUUCCCUCUGCCAGGAGAUGCUGCUGUGUGUCAUUUCAGUGCAAAGCUUGGAAAGACGCACGUUGUGGCGGAGGUGAAGGAGAAACAGCAGGCUCGUGAGGAGUACGAUGACGCGCUGAGCUCCGGCCAGCAGGCCUUCCUCCUGGAGGAGAGCGAGCAAAGCUCCGACAUAUUCUCCAUGAGUGUGGGCAGUCUGCCUCCAGGGGAGAGCGCCUCCAUCAGGCUGGAGUAUGUCACUGAGCUGGCUGUGCAGGCUGAUGACGGGCUGAGGUUCUGUCUGCCCGCUGUGCUCAACCCCCGCUACCAACCCCAGGGUGCUGCAGGUGUGGCUGUCCAGGUGACGUCGGUCCCAGCCUCUCUGGUGCCCUACAGUCUGUCCUUUAGUGCCCGGGUUUCUGCGCCUCGUCCCAUCUCCAAAGUGGAGUCCAGCAGCUCCCUGGAGCCUCUUCAGUACCUCAGCGCUGACCAGACACAGGCCACUGUGAAGUUAUCCGAAGCGCACAAGUUUGACAGAGAUGUUGAGCUGCUGAUUUAUUACAAAGACGCCCACCAGCCCACUGCUGUGGUGGAGGCUGGACAGGCUUCGGCCAAGUCUGGCACUCUGAUGGGUGAUGCGGUGGCCAUGGUGAGCCUGUACCCUGAGUUCCCUCAGGCUGUGAUGUCCUCACUUCAAUCGUGUGGAGAGUUUGUGUUCUUGAUGGAUCGAUCAGGCAGUAUGAGCUGUCCCAUCAACAACCAAAAGCAGCAAGAAACGCGCAUUAGCAGUGCAAGGGAUACUCUGCUGCUUCUGUUGAAGAGCUUACCGAUGGGCUGCUACUUCAAUAUCUAUAGUUUUGGGUCUCGGUUUGAGCACAUCUUCCCCACGAGUGUGGAGUACAGUGAGAAGACCAUGGAGGAUGCUCUGAAGAAAGUUGAGCAGAUGCAGGCUAAUCUGGGAGGAACAGAGAUUCUUCAGCCCCUCCGACACAUUUACAGCCAGCCCUGCAUUCCCAAACAGCCCAGACAACUGUUUGUCUUCACCGAUGGAGAGGUGGGGAACACCAAAGAAGUUAUAGCUCUUGUUAGGAAGAAUUCAGGCUCCCACAGGUGCUUCUCUUUUGGGAUUGGGGAGGGGGCGAGCUCUGCUCUCAUCAAUGGGUUGGCCAAGGAGGGAGGGGGUCAUGCUCAGUUCAUCACAGGAACUGACAGGAUGCAGCCAAAGGUGAUGCAGUCGCUGAGAUUUGCAUUGCAGCCAGCUGUGGAAGACAUCUCAGUAACAUGGAGUUUACCAAAAGAGGUGUCGGCCACCGUUCUCUCUCCACCAAUCACUGUACUUUUCCAGGGUCAAAGGUCCCUGAUUUACGCCCAGCUCACUGGGACGGGUUCAGAGGCAGCAGUGGGCAGUGUGACAGUGAAGUACAGCCUUGCAGGUCAACCCUCUGAGAGCCAGCUGCAUUUCGGCCUCAAACCUGCAGAGGACACUGGAUUAACGGUCCACAGGCUGGCUGCUCGCACUGUCAUUCGCUGCCUGGAAUCAGAGGACAGGCCACUCGAACAGGAAAAGAAAGAAGUGAAGGAGAAGGUGGUUGAUCUAAGUGUCCAAUCAGGAGUGAGCAGUUCUUUCACCGCCUUCAUCGCUGUCAACAAAGACAGUGGAGAGUCCAUUCAAGGACCUCUGCUGCGCCGCAAUGUUCCAACACCCAUGGCUCUGUGUAGGGGUGCACCUAGAGAAAUGAUAUUGCGUUCAGGUUCCAAGAUGUUUGCCCGAUCGAAUCUUACACCCAAGCAGCCUCCCAGAGACCCUCUGCUGCAGCUGGUCUCCCUGCAGAAGGCGUCCGGCUGCUGGCUGCUUGAUGCGGCUCUGGCCUCUGCGCUGGGAAAGACCCGCCAAGAGGUGGAAAAGGCAAAGCCUGCACCGGUGGGUCACUGGCAAGAUUUGGCAUCACAACAGAUCAACAAAGAGGUGUGGGCCACCAUUCUGGCUCUGAUCUGGCUUCAUGGUUUCAAGAUGGAUGCAAAGGAGGAGUGGGAGCUUCUGGCUGCAAAGGCUGCAUCGUGGCUCCGUGCUCAGAACGCAUGUCAGACAGAAUGUGUGGAUGCUGGAAAUGCUCUGCUGGGCUGCAGCGUGCAGAAAGAUGCUCUGGGACUCUGA